UUAACACAACGUACACCCACUGCAUGCAGAUACUCCCAAUAAUACUGUAUCUGCCUCACUGACUAGUGUGGUCUGUGCAAUAGUGCUCUACUGUAUUAACAAUGGACACAAGGCUUUGGUUAGCAUUGGCUCUAGCCAGCUGUGCAUGGAGCAUUGCAUCUGCUCAAAUGAAUGGUGACUUGAGACUGGUGGAUAGGUUUAACAACACUGCUGGUGUGUCCAGGGGAAGACUGGAGUUCUUCUACAAUGAAUCAUGGGGGACUGUCUGUGAUGAUGGGUUCCAACAGCCUGAGGCUGAAGUGGCUUGUCGACAGCUGGGGUUUGCUAGUGUUGCAGAGUUGCUGUUAGGCCAGGUGGAGGGAAGUGGCCCUAUCUUCUUGGAUCAAGUGAGCUGUGCUGGCUCUGAAACAAGGCUGAUAGACUGCAACCGUAAUGAGAUAGGUAUUAAUGAUUGCAAUCACAGUGAAGACGUUGGUUUGGAGUGCAGUGACGGGACUUUCCCCACCUCUACACCCCCUAACAACGGGAAUUUCACCACGUCUCCACCCAAUGUCUGUUUCGAGGGACAAAUUGAGCAGAACUACGAAGCCAUCACUUACAAUAGUUAUGACCAGAAUGGAGAUACUUAUCAGAUUAUCGAGUACGAGUUCAACUACUGUUCUAAUGGUGUGUACGGGCGACUGUGUGCUGCUGACUGGGACGACACUGAGGCCAACGUGCUCUGUAGGGAGUUUGGAAACUUAUAUGACUACAUUGGUGAGGCUCUGUCUGAAGCAAGUGAUGGUCUCUCUCCAGUAGCUGCAGUGUCUGUGUCUUGUAAUGGGUCUGAGAGUUCCUUGUCUCAGUGCUCCUCCUCUCCCAACAAUGGCUGCUCCUCUGACAGCACUGUGGCAGGUCUUCGCUGCACACAAGUUCCACCAGUGUGCUCUCUGGAUGUCAAGUUCACUAACCAGACACUUGAUUUCUCUAGUGGCUUGCAAGUGGUGACUGGCAGAGUGGAUGUGUGUGUGAAUGGCUCCUACUCUGCACUGUGUGAUGUGGGAUUUGACAUUGAUGAUGCAGUAGUAGGUUGCAACUACUUUGGCUACCCCUCACCGUACUGGGAGGCGGAGGUUGCUUAUGGAGGGGCAGUGGAAACCUCCUGGGAUGGAACAGUGUCUUACCAGGACACCAUGUGUAAUGGAACAGAGACUAAUCCUUUAUUGUGUCCAGUGUUUCCAGUCACUGACCCCAGUUGCUACAGCACCUCCAGACUAGCCGCCGUGCGUUGUACAGAAGUGUUGACACAAUGCUUCAAUGAUGGUGAGUUCAUUCUUGCUAAUCGGACGAAUGAGGUGUUUGGUCCUAAUGGAGAGUACAGCUUCACUGCACGAGUGGACGUGUGCUACAAUGGUUCGUAUGGUUCAGUAUGUGACAUUGGGUUUGAUGAGACUGAUGCCAGAGUGCUGUGUCGGAACUCUCUCUUCUCUCAAGUUGGCUUUGGGUUUGAGUCUGUGAGUGGAUCUGCUAAUGGUGUGAGCAGAGCUGGUCUUGUGUUGGAGGAGGUCAGAUGCACAGGAACAGAGGAGGGACUGCAUGCCUGCCCCACUAGUCCCCUUGGAGACAUCACCAACCCAUCCUGUACGAAUGCAGCAGCUGUGACAUGCUCUAGAGUGUGCUAUGAUGCUGACGUGAGGGUAGUGGAGGGAGAGCGUUAUGGAGUGGGAAGAGUGGAGGUGUGUAAGGACAAUGUCUGGGGCACCAUCUGUGAUGAAGAAUGGGACAAUCUCGAUGCCACGGUGGCUUGUAGAGCGUUCCGGUUUGAUUGGGGUGGUGAGGCUAUUUUGAGCCCUCCUGGUAAUGGACCCCUCCUAGCAUCUGGUGUGAGCUGCUUGGGGAAUGAGUAUACACUGUCAGAGUGUGGCAAUGACACUCUUCUCAAUCCAAUCUGCACUCACGCACAAGAUGCUGGAGUCGUGUGCAAUCCUGGAUCAGUUGAUGUGACUGUACUUGCACGAGGAUCCAACACCAUUGGCUCCACUAACUUUUUCCUCCGCUGUGAUGCUUACCAGCGUCCUUGGAGGGCUGGAUUGCUAGUCAACGAAUGGAGCACAGAUUUUGAGAACCCUCUGAGCAACACGACCGAGAGAACAAUUGCAUAUCGUGUAGAAGACAGGUUGACUUUUGGCAAUGAUUUUGUGUUGAAUGGCAGCCUCUCCUUUAAUCCCCUGAGAGUGGAGCACCUUGGAGUGUACUCGUGUCUUGUGAGCCUCAAUCUGACCUACCCUGAUGGACCCAACAACUCAUCAGCCAUCAUCACCAACACCACCACCUUUGAACUGUUGGGUAGAGGCCCCAGUCCAUCCAUAUCUGUGACUACUGAUCCUCUGAUUCCUCUUGAGGGCAGUCCCUUCUCUGCCUCUUGUAUUGUGGGCACCACUAGUGAUCUGGUGGGCUAUCUCUCUGUCAACUGGACCACUGACAUGCCUCUAGAUACCACUCGAGUGUUCAUUGCUCCCCCCAGAGCUAUCAACUCCACUCAUGUAGCCCUGGAUGCUGUGUUCAGCUCCUUGCUCCUCUCAGACACUGGCUUCUACACGUGUGAGGCAGUCCUGAGUGGACAAUACCUGUCAAGGACCUCCACUUCCUUCCCUGUCUUUCUAGAUGUGCAAAGCAAUACAUCCUCUCCAUCCCCCGUAACCACGGAGACACCGUUUGCUCCAAUGGAUGGUGACUUGAGACUGGUGGAUAGGUUUAACAACACUGUUGGUGUGUCCAGGGGAAGACUGGAGUUCUUCUACAAUGAAUCAUGGGGGACUGUCUGUGAUGAUGGGUUCCAACAGCCUGAGGCUGAAGUGGCUUGUCGACAGCUGGGGUUUGCUAGUGUUGCAGAGUUGCUGUUAGGCCAGGUGGAGGGAAGUGGCCCUAUCUUAUUGGAUCAAGUGAGCUGUGCUGGCUCUGAAACAAGGCUGAUAGACUGCAACCUUAUAAAUGAGAUAGGUAUUAAUGAUUGCAAUCACAGUGAGGACGUUGGCUUGGAGUGCAGUGACGGGACUUUCCCCACCUCUACACCCCCUAACAACGGGAAUUUCACCACGUCUCCACCCAAUGUCUGUUUCGAGGGACAAAUUGAGCAGAACUACGAAGGCAUCACUUACAAUAGUUAUGACCAGAAUGGAGAUACUUAUCAGAUUAUCGAGUACGAGUUCAAUUACUGUUCUAAUGGCGUGUACGGGCGACUGUGUGCUGCUGACUGGGACGACACUGAGGCCAACGUGCUCUGUAGGGAGUUUGGAAACUAUGACUACAUUGGUGAGGCUCUGUCUGAAGCAAGUGAUGGUCUCUCUCCAGUAGCUGCAGUGUCUGUGUCUUGUAAUGGGUCUGAGAGUUCCUUGUCUCAGUGCUCCUCCUCUCCCAACAAUGGCUGCUCCUCUGACAGCACUGUGGCACGUCUUCGCUGCACACAAGUUCCACCAGUGUGCUCUCUGGAUGUCAAGUUCACUAACCAGACACUUGAUUUCUCUAGUGGCUUGCAAGUGGUGACUGGCAGAGUGGAUGUGUGUGUGAAUGGCUCCUACUCUGCACUGUGUGAUGUGGGAUUUGACAUUGAUGAUGCAGUAGUAGGUUGCAACUACUUUGGCUACCCCUCACCGUACUGGGAGGCAGAGGUUGCUUAUGGAGGGGCAGUGGAAACCUCCUGGGAUGGAACCGUGUCUUACCAGGACACCAUGUGUAAUGGAACAGAGACUAAUCCUUUAUUGUGUCCGGUGUCUCCAGUAACUGAUCCCAAUUGCUACAGUACCUCCAGACUAGCCGCCGUGCGUUGUACAGAAGUGUUGACACAAUGCUUCAAUGAUGGUGAGUUCAUUCUUGCUAAUCGGACGAAUGAGGUGUUUGGUCCUAAUGGAGAGUACAGCUUCACUGCACGAGUGGACGUGUGCUACAAUGGUUCGUAUGGUUCAGUAUGUGACAUUGGGUUUGAUGAGACUGAUGCCAGAGUGCUGUGUCGGAACUCUCUCUUCUCUCAAGUUGGCUUUGGGUUUGAGUCUGUGAGUGGAUCUGCUAAUGGUGUGAGCAGAGCUGGUCUUGUGUUGGAGGAGGUCAGAUGCACAGGAACAGAGGAGGGACUGCAUGCCUGCCCCACUAGUCCCCUUGGAGACAUCACCAACCCAUCCUGUACGAAUGCAGCAGCUGUGACAUGCUCUAGAGUGUGCUAUGAUGCUGACGUGAGGGUAGUGGAGGGAGAGCGUUAUGGAGUGGGAAGAGUGGAGGUGUGUAAGGACAAUGUCUGGGGCACCAUCUGUGAUGAAGAAUGGGACAAUCUCGAUGCCACGGUGGCUUGUAGAGCGUUCCGGUUUGAUUGGGGUGGUGAGGCUAUUUUGAGCCCUCCUGGUAAUGGACCCCUCCUAGCAUCUGGUGUGAGCUGCUUGGGGAAUGAGUAUACACUGUCAGAGUGUGGCAAUGACACUCUUCUCAAUCCAAUCUGCACUCACGCACAAGAUGCUGGAGUCGUGUGCAAUCCUGGAUCAGUUGAUGUGACUGUACUUGCACGAGGAUCCAACACCAUUGGCUCCACUAACUUUUUCCUCCGCUGUGAUGCUUACCAGCGUCCUUGGAGGGCUGGAUUGCUAGUCAACGAAUGGAGCACAGAUUUUGAGAACCCUCUGAGCAACACGACCGAGAGAACAAUUGCAUAUCGUGUAGAAGACAGGUUGACUUUUGGCAAUGAUUUUGUGUUGAAUGGCAGCCUCUCCUUUAAUCCCCUGAGAGUGGAGCACCUUGGAGUGUACUCGUGUCUUGUGAGCCUCAAUCUGACCUACCCUGAUGGACCCAACAACUCAUCAGCCAUCAUCACCAACACCACCACCUUUGAACUGUUGGGUAGAGGCCCCAGUCCAUCCAUAUCUGUGACUACUGAUCCUCUGAUUCCUCUUGAGGGCAGUCCCUUCUCUGCCUCUUGUAUUGUGGGCACCACUAGUGAUCUGGUGGGCUAUCUCUCUGUCAACUGGACCACUGACAUGCCUCUAGAUACCACUCGAGUGUUCAUUGCUCCCCCCAGAGCUAUCAACUCCACUCAUGUAGCCCUGGAUGCUGUGUUCAGCUCCUUGCUCCUCUCAGACACUGGCUUCUACACGUGUGAGGCAGUCCUGAGUGGACAAUACCUGUCAAGGACCUCCACUUCCUUCCCUGUCUUUCUAGAUGUGCAAAGCAAUACAUCCUCUCCAUCCCCCGUAACCACGGAGACACCGUUUGCUCCAAUGGAUGGUGACUUGAGACUGGUGGAUAGGUUUAACAACACUGUUGGUGUGUCCAGGGGAAGACUGGAGUUCUUCUACAAUGAAUCAUGGGGGACUGUCUGUGAUGAUGGGUUCCAACAGCCUGAGGCUGAAGUGGCUUGUCGACAGCUGGGGUUUGCUAGUGUUGCAGAGUUGCUGUUAGGCCAGGUGGAGGGAAGUGGCCCUAUCUUAUUGGAUCAAGUGAGCUGUGCUGGCUCUGAAACAAGGCUGAUAGACUGCAACCUUAUAAAUGAGAUAGGUAUUAAUGAUUGCAAUCACAGUGAGGACGUUGGCUUGGAGUGCAGUGACGGGACUUUCCCCACCUCUACACCCCCUAACAACGGGAAUUUCACCACGUCUCCACCCAAUGUCUGUUUCGAGGGACAAAUUGAGCAGAACUACGAAGGCAUCACUUACAAUAGUUAUGACCAGAAUGGAGAUACUUAUCAGAUUAUCGAGUACGAGUUCAAUUACUGUUCUAAUGGCGUGUACGGGCGACUGUGUGCUGCUGACUGGGACGACACUGAGGCCAACGUGCUCUGUAGGGAGUUUGGAAACUAUGACUACAUUGGUGAGGCUCUGUCUGAAGCAAGUGAUGGUCUCUCUCCAGUAGCUGCAGUGUCUGUGUCUUGUAAUGGGUCUGAGAGUUCCUUGUCUCAGUGCUCCUCCUCUCCCAACAAUGGCUGCUCCUCUGACAGCACUGUGGCACGUCUUCGCUGCACACAAGUUCCACCAGUGUGCUCUCUGGAUGUCAAGUUCACUAACCAGACACUUGAUUUCUCUAGUGGCUUGCAAGUGGUGACUGGCAGAGUGGAUGUGUGUGUGAAUGGCUCCUACUCUGCACUGUGUGAUGUGGGAUUUGACAUUGAUGAUGCAGUAGUAGGUUGCAACUACUUUGGCUACCCCUCACCGUACUGGGAGGCAGAGGUUGCUUAUGGAGGGGCAGUGGAAACCUCCUGGGAUGGAACCGUGUCUUACCAGGACACCAUGUGUAAUGGAACAGAGACUAAUCCUUUAUUGUGUCCGGUGUCUCCAGUAACUGAUCCCAAUUGCUACAGUACCUCCAGACUAGCCGCCGUGCGUUGUACAGAAGUGUUGACACAAUGCUUCAAUGAUGGUGAGUUCAUUCUUGCUAAUCGGACGAAUGAGGUGUUUGGUCCUAAUGGAGAGUACAGCUUCACUGCACGAGUGGACGUGUGCUACAAUGGUUCGUAUGGUUCAGUAUGUGACAUUGGGUUUGAUGAGACUGAUGCCAGAGUGCUGUGUCGGAACUCUCUCUUCUCUCAAGUUGGCUUUGGGUUUGAGUCUGUGAGUGGAUCUGCUAAUGGUGUGAGCAGAGCUGGUCUUGUGUUGGAGGAGGUCAGAUGCACAGGAACAGAGGAGGGACUGCAUGCCUGCCCCACUAGUCCCCUUGGAGACAUCACCAACCCAUCCUGUACGAGUGCAGCAGCUGUGACAUGCUCUAGAGUGUGCUAUGAUGCUGACGUGAGGGUAGUGGAGGGAGAGCGUUAUGGAGUGGGAAGAGUGGAGGUGUGUAAGGACAAUGUCUGGGGCACCAUCUGUGAUGAAGAAUGGGACAAUCUCGAUGCCACGGUGGCUUGUAGAGCGUUCCGGUUUGAUUGGGGUGGUGAGGCUAUUUUGAGCCCUCCUGGUAAUGGACCCAUCCUAGCAUCUGGUGUGAGCUGCUUGGGGAAUGAGUAUACACUGUCAGAGUGUGGCAAUGACACUCUUCUCAAUCCAAUCUGCACUCACGCACAAGAUGCUGGAGUCGUGUGCAAUCCUGGAUCAGUUGAUGUGACUGUACUUGCACGAGGAUCCAACACCAUUGGCUCCACUAACUUUGUCCUCCGCUGUGAUGCUUACCAGCGUCCUUGGAGGGCUGGAUUGCUAGUCAACGAAUGGAGCACAGAUUUUGAGAACCCUCUGAGCAACACGACCGAGAGAACAAUUGCGUAUCGUGUAGAAGACAGGUUGACUUUUGGCAAUGAUUUUGUGUUGAAUGGCAGCCUCUCCUUUAAUCCCCUGAGAGUGGAGCACCUUGGAGUGUACUCGUGUCUUGUGAGCCUCAAUCUGACCUACCCUGAUGGACCCAACAACUCAUCAGCCAUCAUCACCAACACCACCACCUUUGAACUGUUGGGUAGAGGCCCCAGUCCAUCCAUAUCUGUGACUACUGAUCCUCUGAUUCCUCUUGAGGGCAGUCCCUUCUCUGCCUCUUGUAUUGUGGGCACCACUAGUGAUCUGGUGGGCUAUCUCUCUGUCAACUGGACCACUGACAUGCCUCUAGAUACCACUCGAGUGUUCAUUGCUCCCCCCAGAGCUAUCAACUCCACUCAUGUAGCCCUGGAUGCUGUGUUCAGCUCCUUGCUCCUCUCAGACACUGGCUUCUACACGUGUGAGGCAGUCCUGAGUGGACAAUACCUGUCAAGGACCUCCACUUCCUUCCCUGUCUUCCUAGAUGUGCCCAAUGGAAAUACUACAGCAAGUCCACCUACUGGAAAUACUACCGCAGGCCCACCCACUGGGAAUGCUACUACCGCAAGUCCACCUACUGGAAAUACUACCGCAGGCCCACCCACUGGGAAUACUACUACCGCAAGUCCACCUACUGGAAAUACUACCGCAGGCCCACCCGCUGGGAAUGCUACUACCGCAAGUCCACCUACUGGAAAUACUACCGCAGGCCCACCCGCUGGGAAUGCUACUACCGCAAGUCCACCUACUGGAAAUACUACCGCAGGCCCACCCGCUGGGAAUGCUACUACCGCAGGUCCAUCUACUGAAAAUGCUACUACCGCAAGUCCACCUACUGGAAAUACUACCGCAGGUCCACCUACUGGAAAUACUACCGCAGGCCCACCCGCUGGGAAUGCUACUACCGCAAGUCCACCUACUGGAAAUACUACCGCAGGCCCACCCGCUGGGAAUGCUACUACCGCAAGUCCACCUACUGGAAAUACUACCGCAGGCCCACCCGCUGGGAAUGCUACUACCGCAGGUCCAUCUACUGGAAAUGCUACUACCGCAAGUCCACCUACUGGAAAUACUACCGCAGGUCCACCUACUGGAAAUACUACCGCAGGUCCACCUACUGGAAAUACUACAGCAGGUCCACCUACUGGAAAUACUACAACAGGCCCACCUACUGGGAAUGCUACUACCGCAGGUCCACCUACUGGAAAUACUACCGCAGGUCCACCUACUGGAAAUACUACAGCAGGUCCACCUACUGGAAAUACUACAGCAGGUCCACCUACUGGAAAUACUACCGCAGGUCCACCUACUGGAAAUACUACCGCAGGCCCACCCACUGGGAAUGCUACUACCGCAAGCCCAACUACUGGUACCAAUGCAACUGGACCGCCAACUGAUACUACAGAUGCCGGCCCAUGUCAGCUGACAGACAAUCUCUCAAGGGCCCUUUGUACCGCCCUACUAAGUGGAGAUUUAACAGCUGUGUCGGAGAUCCUGGUGAGUGCAACUGAAGAUGAGAACGGUGUAUCAGUGGACGACCUCGUGGCAAUAGCUAGCACCAUCGCCUCGCUACUGAACGGACCCACUCCUGAUAUACCAUCUCCGGUGUUGAUGGAUUACGAGAAAGUAAUAAACAAUCUGUUGCAAGUUGACGAGCAGCUAAUCGCCCAAGCUCAGCCUUCUGGUCAAUUCACUGCAAAGGUGACUGACUCCAUAGAGGAGGUGACCUUGCGACUUCCCCUGACUGACAACACUGCUACACUAGUGUCUACACGUUUUGCUCUAGCCACUGCACAAGUAGACAAGAACAGUUUCAAUGGACUUGUCUUCAACUCACGAUCCCUGGCUACCGGUGAUGGCUCUAAAACAACAGCUGAUGUAAAUCUCUCUCCAGAAGCCGAUGAGAGCAGUACCUCCACACUCUCCCUACCACCCUCACUCUUCACACAACUCUCCGCCCCCGACACUACCUAUCGUCUCCUCUACAGCUCAUUCGCUACAGCUUCUUUCUUCCCACCAGCUGAUCCACAAAUGAAAGUGUCGAGUGAUGUCAUAUCUGCUUCAGUGAAUGGAUUGGUUGUGUCUAAUCUUGACGAUAUGGAUCCAGUUACUUUGAGACUCCGUAGAGUGAAUCCUGAUUUGGGCCUGACUGACGAGGCCCUUGAUGCCCGCACUGUGUGUGUGUACUGGGACUUUGCCCUCAAUAGUGGGAGUGGAGAUUGGUCAGCGUUUGGCUGCAAGAUGGCCGGCAGAGAUCAAGAUGGUCGUGUGACAUGUGAAUGCAACCAUCUUAGCAGCUUUGCACUCCUUGUGAAUGUUCAGUUGGAGGCUACUGUUCGCCCCAGUACUGUCCCCCCUUCUCCUGAGCCAGUGGUGGGUGGAGUGCAGGUCAUUGUGUACGUGGGACUAGCUGUGGCUCUUGUGGCUCUCCUCAUAUCACUACUGAGCCACCUAUUCUCCAAGAAAGUGAGGAGCUCUGACCCUGGUGUGGUGGUCAUCAACAUGUGCAUAUCUCUGCUGGGUCUCUACAUAGUGUUCAUCAUCUCUGCCCAAGCCCCUCACUUGAACGCCAACAACCCUCCACAUGGUGCCAACGUCUGUGCAUUCUUCUCAGCCCUACUCCAGUACUUUACUCUGAGCUUCUUCUGUCUCACUGCUGUCGAGGCACUGCUGAUUCUAGGAGAGCAGACUGUUAUGCUCAAGCAUCGAUACUUCCUACCUGUUGCAUUAGCUGUGGCUUGGCUACUGCCUCUAGCUAUUGUUGCCAUCUGCAUGGGAGGAUAUGAGUACUACGUCAACGUGGAAUUCUGUCGCCCCUCUGCGUGGCCAUUCUGGGUUGGAUUUGCUGCUUCAUUUGCAAUUGUCACAAUAAUAAACUGGACCGUAUUUGCGAUGGCAACAUGUGGUAUCUGUUUGCAUUGUUUCUCAAGCAGCAACGAAGCGAAAAAGAGCCGAGUCAGCUCACAUCUCAGCCACCUUCUCAUUGCCGUCAUUCUCUCCGUUAUUUUCAGCGUUGCUUGGAUAUUCUUCCUCAUCAGUGUGGCAGACUCCUUCGUCAAUGUGUCUGUGGCUGCCCAGUAUAUAUACGCCAUCUUCUUUGCAGUCCACAGUGUUCUCUUACUCGUACUAUAUGCUGUUCGAUCUCCCGACACUCGCAGUGAAUGGGUACGUCUUUGGUACAUCCUCACUUGCAACAAAGACACUUACCACGUCCGUCAGACGGCUUUGUCUGGAGAAGAUUCGACUCGUAGGGGAACAUACCUGAGCAACAAGUCCCCUCUGCCACAGGAACUGGAGAGUGGAGUACAACUCAAGGAGAGCUCGUCCUUAGCUGCCCCUGAGUUCACCAAGGGCCCGGACACCUCUUUCACCGUCGAGAAUACCCUCGCCACUACCAGUGAGAUGGUUGAAAAUGAAGAUAUUGAUGAAAAAAAGAAGCUCGAUUCGGACCAUUUAGACGAACAACCAAACGAACCAAAUACCCAUCUAUGAUGACCCUCGCUUACUGUACAAAACUUAUCGCUGACAAACAUUACUAAAGACACUUAUUAGCAUAUUCUUUGUUUGACCCUAUUUUUUAUACACACACACAUUCACACACACAUUCUUAUUACAAAUCUUA